AUGGAAGGCGCCACUCCGACUGAAGCGAUGGACUACGAAACUUCACAAAUAGAGAACGGCAACGUUUCCAGCUCGAACCUCCCCUCGCGUCAGACCCCGGUAGUCCGUUCCGAUGGCGAAGACACGGGUCACAGCUCCUCGGGUGAUGGGGGCCUCGUCUUUUCCGACAAGCAGGGAACAAGCCCGGAUGUUGUUCAUUCUUCAAUUUCACAAGCGACUGAAUCAUUAGUUCAGAACAGCAGCCACCGAGUGCACCGAGUGGGAAAACGUCCAACCUUCGCCGCGCCAGAUGAGGUCGCCCUUGCUGACGAGUCCGAACUACCCUCGAAACGCGUGUCUCUUAGUAAUGUCUCUGGAUAUUCCACCAGUACAGACUCGGAGUCGGCAGAUGGCAAAGUCGGGACGCCAGCUGCGCUCAUGCAAUCCAGAACGCCCAGUUCUUCUAGCCAAACAAGCGGGAUGGAUUCCAACGUGCACUCCCCGCCAAACGCAACGCGAACUCCUACCGAGCCGGACACUCAUCCAAAAGUGUUCAACACGCUCUUUAUCAGGAACGUUCCCGAUUGGGUCACACGAACCAUGCUCAAGGCAACAUUUGGGAAAUAUGGCGAAAUUUUGUCGACUAACAAAUACUCAGGACAAGGGUGGGGGUGGGUGAAUUUCAAGUGGGAGGAUGAAGCUGUAGCUGCCAAAGAAAAACUACAACACUCCGAAAUAUUCGAAGGGGCCGGCCCGUCGCCCAUAGAUUUUGCAAGACCCUGGCGCAACGCCCCGGGCGAAGGCGAUGGGCAUUCUCCUCGUCAGCAACGCCUCGAACCAAAGGAUCACCGGGAGGAACAGAUACAACGCGAGGCCAGACUCGCCCAAAUCCGACAACAACCCAAUUGGAGGGAGCCUCGUGAUGUGGAGGCACAGGUCCGAGGCGUCGGUCAUCGACCGGGACCGCACGCCUCUCACAAGCAGGCCGCGGCAGUUGACCAGCGGCCGAGAGCAGCUCAUCAACACGAAAACGCAGACAUGAAUGAAUACCAAGAACUUAUGGGAAAACUUGACAAAUUGCACGCCCUGCUUGAGCGCUACGAACGUUGGGGCAACAUAGAGAUCAAAGAGCUGCAACGCAAAAUUGCGGAGCUGGAACAAGACCAUGUCGCCACAAGAGGCGUUGAAACCCGUCUUCGACGUAUGGAGGAACUACUUGGUCCGCCGCCAGAUGCGAGCACGCGAACCAUGGAGGAGCGACUGGAGGUAAUGGAGGAGGCUGUAGAUGAACUGUUCAGCUACACGAAUUGUUUGGCCUGCUGA